AUGACAGAUAGGUUUGAGGAGCUGAGGCGGCGGAAGAAGCUCCUGCAACAAGAAUUGCGCCGCCGCCAGGUGUUCCCGCGCCAACGCAAGAGAUUCGACCGCGACGAGGACGAACGCCGGUUCCGAGACUUUGUAGAGACCGAGUGCGAGAGAAGAGAGCUAGACCGCCGGGAUAUAGAGCGCGAAUGCGACGAGUUGUACGAGCGCAAGUUCCGCCAGCUGGAACGCGAACGCGAUGAGCUCCUCGAGCGUGAGCAGCAGAGGAUAGACGUCCAGUAUGAGGAAUUAUUCGACCGCGAGUACAAACGGAUCGAGCGCCAAAUCAGCCAGCGGGUGCAGCGAGAAACGUCAAAGGACCAGAAACCCCAGAACCUCGUCCAGUAUCUGGAAACGUGUCAUACGCUCCACCUCCGGUUCCAAAAGACGGCCAGUCGCUCUCUGAUAACACAAAAGGAAGCGCUCAGCUGGACAUUUCCUCGACGAAUCAUUCCUUGGGACGGUUUCCCACGAUUACAAGAAGGUGUAUGGCAGCGAAUCUUGUCUGACAGCGCAUUCUGCAAGGAGCUCCGGUUUCCGUCGAUGCAGCAACUCGAGGCCGUGAAGCGCACUCUCACCCCAGUCAACAGCGAGGCGUCACUGCAGCACUUUGGACGUUACGCCAUCGAGAAUGUGGUGCAGGAAAUGAUGGACCAGCUAUACGAAGACGGCUUGCUUUGGAACGGGCUCGGACUCGGUGACGAUAUCAAGGUAACGAUAGAGACCGACAAAGACCUCGGCCAGGUAUUCGAGCCCGUGCUGGAGUCAUCAUGGCACAAGGGCGCGGGCGAAUUGAAGAUUUCCAUGCGUAAUUCUCAUCGCAGGGCGAAGAGAGCAGGCAUCUGGGUCAACCGGUCGUGCGUGUACCGGCAUGACGAGGAGAAGGGCGAAAAGACUCCGAUAUUUGCCUUUGUGCAUCAACUACCGCAUCGCCUGCAGCUGGACGAAAUCAACCGCGGGCUGGCCUCCGAGAUCCGGCCGGAACGAGACGUGAUUGACAAGGAGGGCGACGACUUCACCUUUGCCUCGAAGACGCUUGUGGCGGCGACCAUUAGCCAGCUCUAUUCCUACAUGAUUAGCAAGGAGAUUCAGUACGGAUGCGUUUGCACCGGAGAAGCAUUCAUCUUCUGCUGCAUCUCAGAGGACGAUCCCUGUACCAUAUACUGCACGCCGUGUGUUCCGGAGCGCGAAGUCAUGCCCGAUGAUCCUGCCCGGCUGCAUCGAACUGCUGGUGCAAUGGUGUUUGGGCUUGUGCUUCAGGCUCUUCGCUCGAGACCGCUGCCCGCGUCGUGGUGCGAUUCUGUCACGUAUCUGGAUACUUGGACCAUGGGAUACGACGACGUACUGGACAAGAUACGAAAAAUGGGCGUCAUGAGGCCGCAUUCGUCCAUGUCUUCCCUCAGAAUGCACCGCUGGCAAGGGUUUAGACGGUCACCAUUGCUCACCGAGAUUCGCAGAGGAGAAGUCCGAGGAAACGACAAGAUCAGGAAUUGGCUCGACGAUGUCCCCGCACAAAGAGCUUACGAGGAUACAACCGAGAGCAUCGCCAGUGCACCAACGUCGAUACAAGACCAGCCGUAUUGCUCCCAGAAGUGCCUCCUUGGUCUGGUGCAAGGGAAAUCGCUGGAUAAAAACUGCCCCAACGCAGAGUUCCACGGACCGGCUCACCUCGACUACGACGACUUUUUAACCCUUGUCCGUACGCAACUUGACCAAGACGACAACCUAGAUGCCGAUUGCACGCCUCUGCGGGUUGCAAACGUUCCCAAGUCCCUGUUCAAGAUGCGGCUGACAUCGCACGGUUAUACGUUCAUCGCCAAGGCAGGGAAGAAUUCAGCAUACCUUUGGAGCGAAAAGUUUGUCUAUGAUCAGAUGGCGAAUCUCCAGGGUCGCUGCAUACCCGUGUGCAUGGGAAUGAUUGAGCUCAUAAAGCCGCGUCGCCACAACAGCAGAGCCUUGAAGGACCUGCUGCUCUUGAGCUGGGCCGGCCGGCCUUUUCUGAACUGUUCCAAACAGGUGACCAAGGAGCAGAUUGCUAGAAUGAUGGAAAUGGGCAUAGAAGCCAUUCACAAGCUGGGAGUUGUGUACAACGGCGGGCACAUCCCGAGCAACUUUUUGUACGAUGCAUCUCGCAACAGCGUCAUGAUUGUCGAUUUCGAAGAGGCGUCGCUGGAGUUUACCAAGACGCCCGCGGUGGCGGGAGAUUACCAGAUGCGAAAGAGGAAGCGGGAUCGAUGGCAGGAAGAUGCCCGGCGGGUGUUUGAGGAGGACACGGACUGUGCGGUGACGACGGUGAUGAAGUCGACGCCGCGGAAGACUGGGAGUCGGUUUGCUGACGAUGAGUCUGAGGUGGGAGACGACUCGGUGAGCCGGUGUUGCUGA